AAUAGAAAUCCAAAAAGCAACCACAUUAUUCCCACUCUCUCACCAUCAGAGCAAAGCACAAAACAAAAACAAAAGAAAGGAAGGCCAAGCUAGAAAAAAAACAAGAGAAAAGAAAUGUUGAGAAGGCUUCACUUGCACUCCACUCACAAAACAAUCCCAGCUCUGAGACUCACUGCACUCUUCUUUCUCUUCCUUUCUCUCAGUAACUAUGGCAACUUUGUCAAAGCUUAUGUUUUCAUCUAUGCAGGCUGCUCUCAAGAAAAGUAUGAUCCCAACUCUCCAUUUGAAGGAAACCACAACUCGAUUCUGUCUUCAGUUUUUAGCUCAUCUUCUGAAGCUUCUUAUCAUAGUUUUGCCAUUGGAAAUGGAAGCUCAACACCCCCCGAAGGAAUUUGCUAUGGCUUGUACCAGUGCAGGGGUGAUUUGAGGACUAUUGAUUGUUCAAGAUGCAUUGAAAGUGCUAUUAACCAGAUAAGUUUGGUUUGUCCAUACUCUUAUGGUGCUGCUUUGCAACUUGAAGGUUGCUAUGUAAGAUAUGAGCAUGUUGAUUUCUUGGGAAGGCUUGAUACGAGCCUGAGAUACAAGAAGUGCAGUAGAAGUGUAAACAAUGAUGUUGAGUUCUUUAAGCGUAGAGAUGAUGUUCUUGCUGACUUGCCAACAGCUAUGGGAUUUAAAGUUAGUAGUUCAGGCUCAGUAGAAGGUUAUGCACAGUGUUUAGGGGAUUUGAACUCAAGUGAUUGUUCUGCUUGCCUCGUGGCUGCUGUUGCGCAGUUGAAGAAUCUAUGUGGAUCAGCUGCUGCAGCUGAUGUGUACCUGGGUCAGUGCUAUGCUCGUUACUGGGCAUCUGGUUACUAUGAUCGCUCUUCAGAUUCCUCCAGCGAGGAUGAUGUGGGGAAAACAGUAGCCAUUAUUGUUGGUGUGCUAGCAGGUCUAUCCAUCCUCAUCAUUUUCCUCUCAUUUUGCAGAAGAGCUAUGGAUUAAGAAGAGUAAAGCACAGACAUCUCGCAAAUUAUUGAAGGGUAGUCAUGUGGAAGCUAGGUCCCUAUAUCGUUUUGUUUUAAUAUUUCUGUGAGAGAUCCGUUUUUUACUUUUGUCCUUUCAAAUGUAAUGAAUUUUGACACAAAAAAAGUUGGUGUUAUCCUCUGGUAUAAAGUAACACUAACCUCAAUCAACUUUAAAAGA